AUGGAUACUAAAUCAUCUAUAUCUACAACAUCAUCAGCAACAUCUACACCAUCAUCAUCAUCAUCAUCAUCAACAUCGAAUCUUAGUAAUAAUAACAAUAACAAUAUUAAUAAUAACAACAAUAGUAGUCUGAUAUCAGCAGCAAUAGCAACAUCUACAAACAAUGUUGUGGUGGUAGAUGAUGGCUCAAAGAAAUCGCUGGAGUAUGGCAAGUCGAUGUUGUUGGAUAUCGCGCGUAUCGAUGAGUUUGUAGUUGCAAGUGAUCCUGUUAGUGAGUUAGAGAUCGUUAUGUUCUCACGUAGAAUGACCUCAAGAUGUUCAGAGCUAUCGUUACCAUCUCUUACAACUACAUCUACAUCUACAUCUCUAACACCAACAAUAGCCAGUGUUAACAACAACAACAACAACAACAACAACAACAACAACAACAACAACAACAACAACAGUAAUAACAAUAACAUUAACAAUAACAAUCAUGGUGUAGUAAGAUCAAAGAUAGAACAUACAGAGUUGUUGGAUGUUAUCAAAUCGAUAGUGAACAGCAUCACCAAUAUCAUUGCAACUGUGAAGCAAUACAAUAGUGUUGCGCACAAGGGUGUUGCACUGACGACGUUGGCACCGGUCAAGAACGACUAUCUACUCCACCGAAAAGACCUGCUUCUACAGUGGCAACAUCUAAUACUGUUACUCACCGAAAUGCAUUGGCAUAUACCUACUUUUAAUGCACCGAGACCAUCGACAACAUCAACAACAGCAGUAACAACAACAACAUCGACAACAGUAACUACAACAACAUCGACAACUAUAACAACAUCAACAGGAACAACGAAUAAUGAGCAGCAACAAUUCUCACAGUCAGCACCGACUUCACCAUCUAUGAAGAGUAAUCAGAGUAGUAGUUGUAAUAGUCCGGAGAAAGUAUCACCACUCGCAAGUGCUACUACUCCGACAAUGUUGAGCAGUAGUAUGCAGGCUGGUUCCUCGGUACCGACUUCGCCACCAAGAAUCAGAAGAUCUUCUAUUAACAACGGUACGAUGUUACCACCGAUAGUUGGUCCACAGAUGAAACAGCAACAGCAACAUCAUCAGCAACAACAACAACAACAACCACUUCAUUAUUUCGAUUAUUUAUAUCAGAUACACACUUCGCUACUGAAUCUACUCUGGCACUUGAAGAAUCAACAGAGAAUCAAUCAGAAUAGAUCUUCCUCAUUUUCAUCUACGACCAGUCCGAUUAUGUUAUCUAGUAGUCCAUCAACACCAUCUUUAUCAACACCAAUAUUAAAUAAUAGUCUUGAUUUGAAUACAACAACAACAACAACAACAACAAACACUAAUAACGAUAAUAGUAAUAAUAAUACAAUGUUAAUUUCAAUAUCACCUAUAUCAACGACAUCACCAAUUGUAAUACCAUCAAAACCACCAACAACAGCAACAACAACAACAACAACAACAGUUAUACCACGAGGUACAAUGUAUAUAGAGCAGACCAAAAAUAUAACUCUACCAAAUCUCUGUACUAAGCUACAAGAGUCUUCGAAUUCAUUAAAAGUCAUUAUCAAUGAGCACGCUCAAUUGAGCAGCAGCAUACAGUCACUGUCUGCUUCACAAUCAACUUCUGAGUUGAUUGAUAAAGUUAAUCAAUGUAUCAAUAUAUUUACACAUAUAACAUUCAAUGUAAAAGAUCCGUUUGUUAGUACUACCACUAGAAGGAAUAGUAAUAGUAGCAGUAAUAUAACAGCACCAGUUGUAAUUCCACCACCACCUAUAAAGUCACCAAAGCUGACAAAGGCAAAUACAAAGUCAGACAUUAGCAGUAGGACAACCACAAUGAAGACAAUCUUGCUUAAUUCAUUCAUGGGCAAACCAGUUCAAAAGCAAAGCAUUACCAUCACCAGAAAUGAGGCUACUGGUGCUUCUACUAUUGUUAAUACCGAGACAACACCAAGAUCAAUUGAAACAACAACAAACAACAACAACAAUAAUAAUAAUAAUAAUGAAGUUACACAAUCUUCUACAUCUACCUCACCUAUUCCAAUAUUAGAUCUAUCGCAAUCAAAACAGGACGAACAACAACAACAAGAUAGUAAUAAUAAUACAAAGAUUGAAGAGAAUCAACAAGAGCAGAUAGAAGAACAACCUAUACCACAAUAUCAACAUAUUGCAUCACCUAAUAUUGAUAUACCUAUAAAGAAUAACAACAGCAAUAGCAAUUUUAAUAUAUCGUUAACACCAAACCAAACCGAUACAGUAACAGAUAGUUCGUUCUUAUCUACCGAUACAUCAUUCAUUGAUAGUAAUAUGUCUUUGAAUCAACAACCUUUAGUUUUCUCUGACGAUGAACAAGCACAACCAUCACCUUCCAACUCUACCACAAAUAAUACUUCUACUUCUUCUUCUCAUCCACCUAUUCCAAUUAUACAAUUACCACAACAAUCGACUUCUUCAUCAAACUUGUUAGCUACUUUAUUAAAUUCAGUUUUACCAACAACUGCAACGACAUCAACAACAGAUGAACCAACAACAACAACAACAACAUCUACAUCUUUAUCUACAUCGGCUAGAAACUCGAGAACGAUAGCAAUCGUUCCUUCACCAUCGAUGGAAAUGAUAUAUUCACCGAGAUUGAAUGAUUCUGAUGAAAAGCAACAGCAACAACAACAACAACAACAGACUACUACAACAUUGACGUUGAUAACCAAAGACAAUGCACCGACUUCACCAAGCUCAACUACAACAACAACUACACUGGUGAUAACCGAUUCCGGUGUUGGAGGUGGAGCGGGAAGCAGUCCAACGUCAUUGACCAACGAGUUGGCAAUGUCACCAACGAAAUCGAUGACAGCAACCACUACAACUACCACUACGGUUGCCAGCAAUAAUACAACGACUACAACGACAACCACUACUACUGGUCCGGCAUCGACAAUCAAUCCCAAUACGAUCACUGCUAUCACCAACAGUCAGUUACCUCAACAGCCGACCAGCGGAAAGAAAUUGAAACCAUUCAAGAUGUCGGUAUUCUCUAAACACUUGAAAUCCAUCAAACAAACCGAUGACCAAAAGCAACGUAACAGUUUCAAUCAAUUCUGGCUCGAAGGUUCGACUCACCAGGAUCGUCAAGACAAGCUGCCAUCCGAUGACAAAGAACGUCUUCAAAUCAAUAGUCUUGGUUCAUACGUAUCCAAUCUUGUUAUUAAAGGACUAUUGGCAUCUGCAGAUCCAAUUCAACCUCCACAUAUUGAAAAUUAUUCAUCAUGUGUAUUAUUUGCGGAUAUCUCUGGUUUCACUUCUUUGACGGAGCGACUUGGUGGACAUGGACAGGAGGGUGUCGAACUUCUCACUAGAAAUCUAAAUCGUUACUUUGAGAUUCUGAUUAAGGUUGUCAAGGGCUACGGUGGAGAUAUCGUGAAGUUUGCAGGUGAUGCUGUGCUGACACAUUGGCCAACGCAUGGCGAUGUUACCAACCGUGUUCGUAUUGCUUGUGAAUGUGCGCUUUCCCUACAGCGAAAGCUGCACAACUUCCCUGUGCCCGGAGGAUUCCUUACACUGCACAUUGGAAUCGGAUGUGGAAAUAUCAGUGGGCUGUACGUCGGUGGUGUCAGUUCGAAAGUCGAGUUCCUGAUUGCCGGUGAAGCGCUGAUCCAAGCCACACUCUGUGAGAAGGAAGCAGAAAGUGGAGAAAUCUAUAUUUCACCGCAGUGUCAAGAGGUUAUCAAGCAUUGCGCAAACUGCAGUAAACCAAAGGGAAAGACAAACUACAAGUUGGAUUCUAUGGUAUUGCUUGACAAGAAGGAGAAGAAACCGACCGCCGAUUACAAUGAACAGAUGUUGGUGUCGAUGGAUCUAAUCAAUCAAUUGAAACAUGGACAUGGCGAGUAUCUUGCGGAACUCCGUCAUAUCUCUGUGAUUUUCGUUAAUCUUUCCUAUGGUGUUCCCGAUCCUGUGAAGGAUUUGAAAAAGUUGCAAUCGAUCGUAGUGGAAAUUCAAAAGAUUGUUUAUAAAUAUGAGGGUACUGUCCGUCAGUUCAUGAUUGACGACAAGGGUUGUGUAUUGAUUGCUUGUUGGGGUGUACCGCCCUACAGUCAUGAAGACGAUCCUUCGCGUGCAGUCGAAGCUGCCAUGGAGAUUGUCGUAUCCCUCUUCAAGUUGACGGUAAUCUCGACGGUGGGUGUCACCACUGGAAAGUGUUUCUGUGGUGAUGUCGGUAGCGAUGAACGUCGUGAAUAUGCGGUGGUCGGUGACAUGGUCAAUCUCUCGGCGAGGCUGAUGAGUCACAGCCAAGGAGGAGUACUCUGCUGCGAGGAGACUUCAAAGAACGCCAAGAACAUUGAAUUCGUACGACUGAGUGAUCCUAUCAAAGUGAAAGGAAAGGCAGCUCCCAUCCCGGUGUUCAAGCCAAUCAAGAAGUACACGCUCGAUCACCAAUCACCGAGAAAUCAUCCAGUUCGCAAUCGUGCUCUCAUCGGUCGCCAACCACAGUUGAAACAGGUGGCCGAUUUGAUAGGGCUGGUACGGGAUGGCUAUGGAACACAGGUGGUUCUGAUAGAGGCAGAAGCCGGUCUUGUGCAGAUGAACGAAUCGAUUGCAUUCUACAUUUGGAAACAGCUGCUAGCUGAGCCACUCAAAGAAUCAGAGGCACAGGAAUACAAGAAUCUUUUGGAGCUUGGUCCACACGUUGGUCUGCUCAAUCCGAUUUUGGAUAUCAACGUGAAUCCACCACAAGUCAAUCGUCGAUACUCUGCACCGCAACGUGCUGAAACUCAACAGAUGUUGAUGCUCCGGCUCGUCCAAAUGUUAAUCCCCAGAAACACUGUUAUAGUGAUUGACGAUGCUCAUCAUAUGGAUAGUGCAAGUUGGACUCUGACAUUGAAUCUCUGUCAUCAGUUGGAGAAUCAUUUAAUUGUCAUUGCUCUGCGUCCAAUGAAAGAAGGUUUGCCGUUUGGAUUCACCAAUCUCACUGGAAUUGCAACGAUUCAACUGGAACCACUCGGAACCAAAGAAGAAACCGCUCAGCUUAUCAAUCAAAUGUUGAACUCUGAAGGUGUGCCCGACGAGAUUGUAGAGGAAAUAUUCAAUCGUUCACAAGGAAAUCAUUUCGUUAUCGAAGAGAUGUUGAAUGGUCUGCGUGCAGCCAAUCUAUUCGAUGAAGCAACACAGCGAUUCAUUUCGAAACUCGAGGCGAUCGAGCAUAUCAGAGUGUCGCUACCUCGAACAGUAACUUCACUGAUUACCAGUAGAAUCGAUCGGCUCUCUAAUGUCCAGCAAUUGGAGUUGAAAGUUGCAUCUGUCAUUGGUACACCGUUCACUCUAGACAGUCUCUAUCGCAUUCUACCAACGGAAUCCACCACCAAGGAUGACUUGUUACACGAUCUACAGAUAUUGGAAAAACUUCAUUUCAUUCGUUCACGUGUCAAUGCAAGUGGAGAACUCGUUUACUCGUUCCAACAUACGCGAACACAAGAGGUUGUCUACGAUCUAAUGUUGUUCUCACAACGUCGUGAACUACACCACAAGAUUGCCAAUAUUAUGGAGUUGACAAACACACCACAACACUCUUUGUUUGUUGCACUCGUUCAUCACUAUCAUCAGGCACAAGACAAUGUGAAAACGGUUGAGUAUGCUAGUAAAGCAGGUGGAAUUGCACUUUCCGAUAAUAACAACAAGGAAGCAGUACGUUUCUUCCAGUUGGCAUUGAAAUGUCUGGACGAUAUCGCCAAUACUCAGUUGGAAACAUCGGCCGAAGAGGACUCAAAGAAAUUGAAUCCAAAGAAACUACACAGACGAAGUGCAUCAACAAAUAACUUUACAUCGAUUACUUCAACAGCGUCAGGAUCUUCAUCAUCUUCGUCGUCAUCUCCAAAUCCCAAGAAAGCUUCACUCGAAGCUGUUUCCAUCUCACGUAAACUCGGUCUGGCACUCUACAAUAUGGGAGCGCUUCAAUCGGCAUCGCUACAUUUCUUGACUGCACUCAAACAUCUUGGCAUUGAAAUGCCACCCAACCAGAGUGCACCACAGCCAGCUCCAUCGGGUGCACGUAAAUUGGUUCGUCUUCCAAAAGUUGCACGCCAAGAUUCUCUCACCAAAUUCUUCACCUCAACGCUCGAUCCAUUUGAGAAAAGAGAGGCCAUUCUGUGUCUUGUCCUCCUCUCUAAAAUAUUCCUACACGAUUGCGCUAAGCAAUCUUCAUCUUGGUGUGCAUUCGUUGCGUCUCAGCUUGCAACCGAGAGUUGGAAUCUCCAAAGUGAAGCGUUAUCCAUUGGAAUUCGUGUGCUCGGUGCCAAUGGAAAUCAUGCCACUCCCUUGAAAUACUAUGCAGAGAUAUUGGCACGUUCCGAUGAAACCAAUGGAUAUGUGUAUGGAAACUCACAUCAAUCAUGGGGAAUCUACAUGGCAGGACUUGGAAGAUGGACUGAAGCGGAAUCGGGAUUCCAAAUCUCGUCGGAAUCCGCUGGAAAAGUGGGUGACAAGAAGAUGAUGGAAGAAUCCAGUGUCCUGCUAGCCAUGUGUCUCUAUUACAUGGGACAAUGGCGUGCCUCUGUCAAUCUGGCGCAAAAAGCGUUAGAAAGUUCACGAGUCCGAGGCGAUAUUCAGCUACAGAUCAUGGCUCUCCUCACAGCUUCGUUCAGUCACUAUCGUCUUGGCGAGCUGUCAAUCACUGGCAGUAAACUCAAUGAGAUUGAAUCAUUGUUCAACACAAUUGGUGCCGCCGAAGUCUCACUUAGUUUCCAAGUGAAUUUCAAUAUACUAAAAGCAUUACUUGCACUGCAACUCAACGAUCCGGUCGGUGCCUACGAAUAUAGCAAGCGAACCUACUCGAUAUUGGUGCGUGGCGAACCCAACAAUUUCACUACUUUCGAAGCCUAUGCUUCGAUUCCAUUGAUUCUCAUAAAGCUAAUGCAAAAUUCGCUGUCUGGCACCAAUCGUUCCAAAGUUCUCGCUGAAAUACACGAGUCACUAUCGUUGCUUGAGAAAUUCUCAGAGAUUUUCGCCAUUGGACAACCACGUACCAUCCUCUUGAAGGCGAUCAUUUCGAUUCUCUCUGGAAAGGAUCCAUCGACCGACCACGAAGAUCAUAUCAAAGAGGCCAAAGAGAAAGCUGUUAAAUUACAGAUGCCUUUCGAAGAAGAGCUGUGUGUCUACUAUCAAUCCCUCUAUUUUGAUGGGGAUGGUUCGGGUUACCAGCCGAAAUAA